CCUCUCUUCUUUCCCCGGGCCUGGGCGGAGAGGGAGGAAAACUUCCUGGCUGGGACUCUGGCGGUUUCUGCCUGCCAGCCCUCCGAUCCCGCCUACCAGUGUUGGCUCUUCCCGACCCCUCCCCCGGCGCCCCCAGUGUCCGCCAUGGCCAAAGCCUACGACCACCUCUUCAAGUUGCUGCUGAUCGGGGACUCGGGGGUGGGCAAGACCUGUCUGAUCAUUCGCUUUGCAGAGGACAACUUCAACAGCACUUACAUCUCCACCAUCGGAAUUGAUUUCAAGAUCCGCACUGUGGAAAUAGAGGGGAAGAGGAUCAAACUGCAAGUCUGGGACACAGCUGGCCAGGAACGAUUCAAGACAAUAACUACUGCCUAUUACCGUGGAGCCAUGGGCAUUAUCCUCGUGUAUGACAUCACCGAUGAGAAAUCCUUCGAGAAUAUUCAAAACUGGAUGAAAAGCAUCAAAGAGAACGCCUCUGCGGGAGUGGAGCGCCUCCUGCUGGGGAACAAGUGCGACAUGGAGGCCAAGAGGAAGGUGCAGAAAGAGCAGGCGAAUAAGUUGGCGCGAGAGCACGGAAUCCGGUUCUUUGAGACGAGCGCCAAAUCCAGUAUGAAUGUGGAUGAGGCUUUCAACUCCCUGGCCCGGGACAUCUUGCUCAAGUCAGGAGGUCGGAGACCGGGCAACAACAGCAAGCCCUCAAGCACCGACCUGAAAUCAUCUGACAAGAAGAACACCAACAAGUGCUCCCUGGGCUGAGGGACGGACGAUGCCUCCUCCUCACCCUGAACCUGGAGGCUAGACCUGAGGGAGGCGGGCUGAGGGGCUGCGCAGGAGAGAAAUGGGUGGGACCUAGAGGGAUGGAUGAGCUGGUGAUAAGGCGGAUGAGGAGGAAGGACGGAAAGAAGGGGGCAGGGAAAGGAGGGGAAGGAAUGGAGGAUGUGAAAGUGAAAGGUUUGAGAAGAGGAAAGGAAGAACAGUGGUCUCAGGUCUUGGACUGUCCUUGGGUUUAAGGUCAGACAUGGAUGUAAAUGUGUUGAGUUCUCCGUUACAGGUUCAGGUUUAGGGUCCCGAGAGGCCGGCUCAGCACUACUCUGGAGGUUGCUCACUACAUGGUCUUUGUUAGUAUUAAAGGCCACUGUUUUGCAUGACU